AUGUCAUCUAUUCCUAACGACUGUUGGGAAACCAUUUUGCGAGAUGACUCCUUCAUGGAUUUCACAGGCACCGACAUUGACUUUAACUCGGCCAGCGACUUUCUUGACUCCUACAAUAACAGCAGUGUCUCAGAAAGUCUCAUCGGGGACGACGGAGGUUAUCGAGGCAUCACCAUCGCACCAGAACACAGCUUUGCAAACAAUGGAUACGGCGCAAUCUCCUCAGGUGAUGAAGGCAUCAAUCCAUCGCUCAUUGAAGGCCACGGAGGCUUUCCAAGCUUCAACAUUCGACUGCCAGGUGCUGCAGGAGUCAACAUCAGUCACAACUACGGUAUGAACAAUCAGAACACCUUUCCUUCGCCAACAUGGCCCUUAGCCUCAGCGUACUCCUUUCAGACAGAGUCCAACAGGAGAGGGUUGAAGCGCCCCAACAGCCCAGGCACCCUGCCCUCUCAGGGCGUCCACGGGGCGCACAGCUGUCUCACCAGCUCGGCACAAGGUGCUUUGGAUGCCGGGCCGGUUUCUGGCCAUCACCAUGCUGAGCCAAUUGACAACCUUGGAUUCCAAGGACAUUACCAAUGA